AUGUCUGCCGUCGCCGCACACAACCUCGAGACGCCAUCCAAGAAGGUCGCCGCCGGCCUCGCCGGCAUGGACUUCAACGCCAGCCCCACAAAGAAGAACAGCGCCGCCAAGCUCAACCUUGACGACGACUUCUCCGAGCCCAACUUCCUCUCCAAGGGCGCCGACAAGAAGGACGCCGCCGCACCUGCGAAAGCGACCGGCGCUGCCGCCGACGACGAGGAGCUCCGCUCCAAGUUUGUCGGCGACGUCGACCUGCCCGAGGAGGAGGAGCCCCUCCUCGUCGAGAGCUCCCGCCGCUUCGUCCUCUUCCCCAUCCGAUACCACGAGAUCUGGCAGAUGUACAAGAAGGCCGAGGCGUCGUUCUGGACCGCCGAGGAGAUUGACCUGUCCAAGGACCUCCACGACUGGGACAACAAGCUCAACGACAACGAGCGCCACUUUAUCAGCCACGUCCUCGCCUUCUUCGCCGCCUCGGACGGCAUCGUCAACGAGAACCUCGUGGAGCGGUUCAGCUCCGAGGUGCAGGCGGCCGAGGCGCGCUGCUUCUACGGCUUCCAGAUCAUGAUGGAGAACAUCCACUCCGAGACCUACUCGCUGCUCAUCGACACGUACAUCCGCGACCCAGAGCAGCGCGAGUUCCUCUUUGACGCCAUCGAGACGAUCCCCGUGGUCAAGCAAAAGGCCGACUGGGCGCUGCGGUGGAUCAGCGACAAGCGGGCCACGUUUGCCGAGCGCCUGAUUGCGUUUGCCGCCGUCGAGGGCAUCUUCUUUUCCGGAUCCUUUGCGUCGAUCUUCUGGCUCAAGAAGCGCGGCCUGAUGCCCGGCCUCACGUUCUCCAACGAGCUCAUCAGCCGCGACGAGGGCCUGCACACCGACUUUGCCUGCCUCCUCUUUAGCCACCUCAAGAAGCGGGCGCACCCGGACACGGUGCUGCGCAUCAUUACCGAGGCCGUCGGCAUCGAGCAGAGCUUCCUCACCGACGCGCUGCCCGUGUCGCUGAUUGGCAUGAACGCCAAGCUCAUGUGCCAGUACAUUGAGUACGUCGCCGACCGCCUCUUGGUCGCGCUCGGCAACGACAAGCACUACAACUCGAGCAACCCGUUCGACUUUAUGGAGAACAUUUCGCUCCAGGGCAAGAGCAACUUUUUCGAGCGCAAGGUGUCCGAGUACGCCAAGGCGGGCGUGGCGCGCAAGGAGGCCGAGGACGACGGCGACGGCACGCAGAAGGACGUCCACUCGUUUUCGCUCGAGGAGGACUUCUGA